ACUGCUUCAGGACGUUAUCUCUGAACUGUUUAUAAAUGUGCUAUCACACACACACACUCUCUCUCUCACACACUUACUUUCACACACACACACACACACACAUCCGAGGAGGAACAUGAAAACUUUUCAGCAGGACGCCCAGAAAUCAAAGCUCCUGCAGAUCUCUGGACGCUGGAAUCGCCGGUCUGGUCUGGAAAACACUCGUCAAGUAAACACACCAUCCAGUCCAUGUGGAAAAAUGGCACGAUGGAAACUUUUACUCCAUAUGACUCUGACAUCUGUGAUGAUGACGAGUUUAUUACAAGUGCAGCUAUUACAUGGACAACAAGUGGCAGAAGACUCCUGUACAAUUCAGAUCCUGGUCCCUGGACUCAAAGGAGAACCAGGAGAAAAAGGACAAAAAGGAACGGCUGGCAGACCAGGACGAGUCGGCCCUCCAGGAGAGAACGGGGGACCUGGGCUUAAAGGGCAGAAAGGAAUUAUGGGACAUCACGGAAAAUUUGGCCCAAGCGGAAUAAAAGGGGUCAAAGGUGACAUGGGCGACCCAGGACCAAUAGGCCCUAAAGGAGAGCCAGGCGUUCCAUGUGAGUGCGCAUCGAUGAGGAAGAUGAUUGGAGAAAUGGACAUCGUCGUGGCCCAGCUGUCCUCAGAACUGAGCUUUAUUAAAAAUGCACUGCCCUCCCCUGCAGCUGUUGCAGGCAUAAAAGAGACAGACAGUAAGGUCUAUCUGUUGGUGAAGGAGGCGAAGCGCUACGCCGACGCCGAGGCUUUCUGCCAGGCGAGGGGGGGGCACCUGGCCAUGCCGAAGGACGACGGAGCCAACGCGGCCAUCGCCGGCUACAUAACCGAGGCGGGCCUGAGCAGAGUCUACAUCGGCGUUCACGACCUGGACCAGGAAGGGCUUUUCACCUACGUGGACCGCUCCCCGAUGAGCACCUUCAGCAGGUGGAGGCAAGGGGAGCCCAACAACGCCUACGACGACGAGGACUGCACGGAGAUGGUGGCGUCCGGGGAGUGGACCGACGUGGCCUGCCACCCCACCAUGUUCUUCAUCUGUGAAUUUAACAAAGACUCUGUGUGAGAACGGGGAUAAAACCACGACUAGGGCUGGAGCCUUUAACUGGUCAUGAUUAAUCGAUAGUUGAAAUAAUCUUCAACUAAUUCAGAAAUUGAUUAAUCAUUAACGGGAGUACACAGAUUUUAAAAAAGGUUUGCUAGUAGAAAAACUUACUCAAAGAUGUA